CCGCGCGGUGGAUCGCGCUCCCACCGAGAUACUAUCCAUGAUCUUCAAUGCUGCCCUCCUUCCGGACGCAAUUGCGCUAUGGGACCGUCGCCUUGAAGCGAUGUGGGUCGCAUUGGCGGUCAGUCAAGUCUGUCGCAGGUGGCGCCAGAUCGCCUGCUCAGCACCGCAGCUGUGGAGGAACAUCACGAUCGGUCUCCCGUUCACCACCGGCAAGCGCGCUCUCGUCGCUCUUAGCCUCGCACGCUCGGGAUCCGUCCCCUUGGAUAUCAAUCUCGACGUUCGAAACCCGGACUACGACGGCGACAACGACGUCCCGCCCGGCGAGCCGCAGGCGAUGCUCGACUGCCUUGAGCUCAUCGUCCCGCACGCGCAGCGCUGGGGCAACCUGGACGUCAUAUGCGACACGCUGUCCGUUAUGCGCGCGUUCCUAGAGAGGACGAAAGAUAUUCGUCCUCGACAGCUAGCACGCAUAGCGCUCAUGCGACCGAACCCCCUCUUCGCCGCGCUCGGCAUGGACCCAGAGCCGGAUGAGCUCGACUCCCUUCCGCUCUUCUCGGGUCCGCUCCCCGCCCUCAAGGAAGUUGUCCUUCACGGCGCGCACGUUGACUGGGCAUCUCCCGCCCUCCAAGGUCUCGCGCACCUCGACCUCCGGUUCCAAACCGAGUUCGUGAUGCCAUCGUGGGAGCGCUUCGUCGACGUUGCACGCGCAUCACCGCACCUCCAGUCGCUUGCGCUCGUUGGGUGUGGGCCGGACCUGGAUGAGAUCCAUACAUGUCGUGCGGCGCCGACCAUGGACACGCUGGUCUUUCCCUCGCUCACAGCCUUCUCCCUCGGGUACCUCGACGCCGAAAGUGCGAGAAAGCUGCUCAGCCUCAUCUCCAUGCCCCAGCUGCAGCACCUGACAAUCGAGGAUGCGGACUACUUACACGGCCCGGGAGACGCGCGGGGCGAUUCCACGCCUCUCAUCGCUUCCCUCGCCCAGCGUUCGCCAAGGGCCACGUCCCGGCCACCGGGCGCAGCCCUCAACCUCGCGCGAAUCACGGUCCUCGAGCUCGUGACCGUGCGUGCCAGUGAAGCGGCCUUUGCGCGGUUGUUUUCCGGCCUGUUGGCGCUCGAGGAGCUGCGGCUCGUCAAAAUGCAGCCAGACAUAUUUUCGGCUCUGGCGCCUACUGAGCUCCCUACGCGGAGCAAGGCGAUUCGCCCGUGCCCAAAGCUGCGUCGCAUUGAAUGUCGACACAUGGAUGCUUCUUCACUCAUCCCCGUUCUGCACAAGCGCCGUGUCGCAGCUGCAGAGGGCACGCCAGUGCCAAACUUCGUCCAGGCACUUACGUUGCGGGACUGCCUCUCACUGGCAGCUGAGGAGCUCCACGUCUUUCGAUCUCUCGGGAUACGGGUUAUCAUCGAGAGAUAUGAAGACGAUCUGUCCGAUAUGAACUCGGAGGGCGACGACGACGAUUCUUAUGAAGAUCUAUGACCUCCAUCCAGACGCUCAUUAUUGUAAUUUCUAUGUAUCCUAUGCCUUUCUUAGUUGUAGAAACGCGCUGUACUAUGUGUAAAGGAUGCUUUCGGGUUUUGGGGUA